AUGUCACUUAUCCAACUACAACCCCAUCCCUUCACCUCAAUCCCCGCCCACCCUUCCUUCUCCACCGAUUUAUCCCGCCCCGAACUACACCACUACAUCAGCACCGCCCUGCACGAAGCUCUCGAGCUUCUCCACUCCGUCCCAUCCACCUUCACCACAGACCCCAAACUGCGCCCAUCCCCACCAUCACAAGCCAAAGUCAAGCUUCUACGCGGAUGGCGUAAGCCCUCCGAGCCACGCGCAAGCAUCAAGGGUAGGGUGAAGGACAAGUCCGAGUUUUGGGUGUGUCGACAAAGCGAACAUGUCGACGCGAGUUCUACAGGGACCGCGUCGUGGCGCGAAUUCGAGGCGGGAUUGAGAUCGGAACAUGCGGAGCAUGAAAUGGAGUAUACACCUAGUGUUUCUGCUGUGCAGCGGCUGUUGGAGUGGGCAGUGGAGGAUAUUGGGGAGAUUGAGGUCGAUGGGAUUAGAUUUAGGGAUGCGAGUAUGGAGGUGAAUCUGAUAACUCACACCUUCCAUCCCUCCGCCCUGAUAGCUCCGCGCAGCUUUAUAUCCCUAACUAUCUCCGCUGCAUACAACAACUUCCCUCCCCAACCCUCUCAGACCCUGGAAGAGCAUCGCCAGGGCUUUCUAACCGUCCAAAUACCCCUCCACCCAGAAGCAUCGUCCACCCCACAAGCCCUACACCAAAGGAUCUACGCGUCCGUGCCGAAACGCGCCAUCUUCGCCAACUACGCUAGCAUCGAGCGCGUCGAGCUGAUACCGGCUACCCACUUCGCAGAUCAGCACUCAGUCGAGCAGCAGUACCGUUCUCAAUCCCGUAUUGAAUGGACGAUGGCGACUACUUCUGAUGCUGGGGGCUCGAUUCCGCAGUGGGUCCAGCGGAGUUGGGCGUUGGGCGGCGUUCCACGCGCGGUCGUUGCGGAUGUGGGGUUGUUUAUUGGGUGGACGAUGCGUCGGAGGCAGGGUGCUUGA